AUGGCCUCGACUCCCAUAGGCCCCUCAGCAUCCCCAGGUCCAUCUACGCCUGGUGGGCCUCUCGCCAAGAUAGAUCCUGCUCUCCUCCGAAUCCGCACUAUUAGGUUUGGACAGUACGACAUAAAGACAUGGUAUGACGCCCCGUUCCCGGAAGAAUACGCAUCUAUUCCAGAUGGUCGCCUUUGGAUCUGUGAAUUUUGUCUUAAGUACAUGAAGAGCCGAUUUGGAGCAGGCAGACACCGGAUGAAAUGCAAGGCCCGCCAUCCACCCGGUGACGAGAUAUAUCGAGACGGUGCGAUUUCCAUUUUUGAAGUCGACGGUCGCAGAAACAAAAUUUAUUGCCAGAAUUUAUGUCUUUUGUCAAAAAUGUUUUUGGAUCACAAAUCCCUCUUUUAUGACGUCGAACCAUUUCUAUUCUACGUUAUCACGGAGGUGGACGACUUUGGCGCACGGUUCGUUGGCUACUUCAGCAAGGAAAAGCGCAGUCCCAAGGAUUACAACGUCAGUUGCAUCAUGACUCUCCCUGUGCGACAAAGACAAGGUUGGGGAAACCUCCUGAUCGAUUUUAGCUAUCUCCUCUCCAAAAAGGAGCAGAGGUUAGGAUCACCUGAAAAGCCUCUUUCAAGUCUGGGUGCUUUGGGUUACAAGAAUUACUGGACGCUGGCAGUGUACCGUUAUCUCGAGUCAGCACCAGAGAAGAUCCGACUAGAAGGCAAGUAA